AUGAUAAAACCUUUCAAAUAUUACGGUAUGAAACCAGACUUCAGACUUUUGACCAUGUAUUGUUGGGGCAAUACAAUCAACGGGGAACUCGGCCUGGGUGGUAUUGAGGAAAAUUAUAUCCUCAGUCCAACAGAGAUAGUCAAUUUUGAAAGCGUGAAUAACAUUAAAUCAGUGGCUUGUGGAAAUAAUCAUACACUGGUUGUAACUGAAGAUGGACAAUUAUAUGCUUGUGGUAGUAACGAUUUUGGUCAGCUGGGACAUGAUAAAUGUCGAACAAAACUACGGCAAAUUCCGGGGGUUGAAUCUAUUGUGAUGACAAGUGUUGCAUGUGGAGAAGCUCAUUCAAUGGCACUAAAUGAAUGGGGACAGUUAUAUACUUGGGGUUCUGACUCCUGUGGACAGUUAGGGCUUGAAACUAAUGAAGAGAUUCAAUAUAAACCAAAAAUUGUCAAAACAUUAGCCAGUAUGCUAUUAGUUCAAAUUAGUUGUGGAUAUAAACAUUGUAUGGCUCUAACAAAUCAUGGAGAGUUGUACACUUGGGGCUCAAAUGAAUUUGGACAAUUGGGCCUUGGACUAGGCCCUAGUAAUGUGUCAAAGCCAACAUUGGUUAAAUCACUGGUUGGCUUACCUAUUUCAUUUAUUGCUUGUGGUGGAUAUCAUAGUUUCAUUGUAUCAAAAUCAGGUGCUGUUUUUGGUUGGGGUAAAAAUGAUUUUGGACAACUAGGGAUUAACAGUCAAAAUAACUCAUCAUUACCUACACAAUUGAAAACAAUACGAACUGUCAGAGUUAAAUAUAUUACUGGAGGAGAAGAUUUCUCAGUAUUUUUGACAUAUGAUGGUGGAGUUUUUACAUGUGGUGCUGGUAUGUAUGGUCAAUUAGGGCAUGGUUCAUUUUCAAAUGAAAUUGUUCCAAGAAAAGUGCUAGAACUCAUGGGUAGUACUGUGACACAAGUGGCAUGUGGACGGAGACAUACUUUGACUUUAGUACCUUCAAAGGGUCGUGUCUACUCAUUUGGACUUGGUAGUGUUGGCCAGUUAGGUACAAAAUUAUAUAACAAUUCAAAUACACCACAAUUAGUGUUAGGUCCUUGGCUUUCACCGUCUGGAACAGCUAUGAUAGAUACAAAAAAGGAAUAUAUUGUUAAAAGUAUUUAUGCAGGAGGUGAUCAAUGUUUUGUUAAAGUUACUCAUAAAUCGCUUGACAUACAGCCAGAUGAUUAUCGAAUUUUACAAGAAAGUUCUCAAAUUUGGACUGUAAAGCUUCCAGAUGUGACAAAUUUAUCAACCAUUCUACCAGAAAUUCCUGUUGACCAAGAAAGAAUGUCGUUUGUAGAAAUAGUGAUGAGCAGUUUGUCAUGUUUAAAUGGCUCAUUUUUAAUGUCUAAUGAUAAUCAUUACGCUUGUACAGAAAAUAAUCAUGGUAUAGAUUUUGAACUGGCUAUACAAUGUUUCAAUAUGAUAAAUCGUGUACGCAACACUUCAUUGCGAGACUUGAUACUUACAUCAUUAGCCAGUGCAGUUGAUUCUUUAUCWUUGCCUUCUCCUGAUGUGGAGUCAUUAAGAUUUUAUCUGACUUUACCUAUGUACCAAGAGUUCAAAAAUAUUAUGAAUGCCACUAUACUUCAAGUGCCUUAUGCUGAAGCUUUACUAAAUUUAAAAAACAUGGAUUCAAAUACUAUUGAGAAUUUGUUUCUACAUGAAAAUUUUCUUUCUUUUACUGUUUAUUUACUUUUUUUAGUUAUUAACCAUGUUGUUUUUUAGCAACAUAUAUUUUGGGAUAAAGCAUUGAUAGUGGCUGCUUCAGUGUUAGCUAAAUUGAAUAAACUGAAUUCCAAUUUAAAUGGGCAUCAAGUGAAGAAAGGCAAAUUGAAAGUGCCAUACGACUCAUUUUAUAUUCCCCAAUUAUCUGAUAAAAUAGAUAUACGUUUUGAUUACAUGAGGUGGAUACACGCUGAUAAUAACGGAAUUACGAAUCAAGAUUUUUAUUUUUGUAAUUACCCUUUUCUGUUCAAUGCUGAAUCCAAGACAAUACUUUUACAAGUUGAUCAGAAAUUACAGAUGCAACAAGCAAUACAAGCUGCAGCAACAAGAGCAUUUACGCAAAUGCUAUUUUUGGAUGGGAAUCAGCCUAAUUUAGCAAAUCAAUUUAUUGAGCUCAAUGUCUCACGGGAAAACUUAGUAGUAGACACAAUACGUGAAUUGUCUCUUUAUACUCAACAUGAUUAUAAAAAACCUUUGAAGGUGAAAUUUAUUGGUGAAGAAGCUGAGGAUGCUGGAGGAGUAAAAAAAGAAUUUUUCAUGCUUUUGAUCAAAGAGAUUUUAGAUCCAAAAUUUGGUAUGUUUGUUAAUUAUGACGACACAAACAUGAUGUGGUUUAAUGACUCAUCCUUUGAAGACGUUAAAAUGUAUUAUCUUAUUGGUUUAAUGUGUGGAUUAGCAAUCUAUAAUUUUACCAUCAUAGACUUACCGUUUCCUUUAGCAUUGUACAAAAAACUACUUAACGAACCUGUUACCUUAUCAGAUCUUCUAGAUCUGGAUCCAUUGGUGGUUUGGAGUUUUAAUGAAUUAUUGGCUUAUGAUAAACCUGAUCUUGAUGAAGUAUUUAAUCUCACUUUUGAAAUCACUAGAGAAGUUUAUGGAGAAAUUGAAACAGUUCCAUUGAAACCGGAUGGGGCUAAUAUUAUAGUUAAUCAAGAUAAUAAACAUGAAUUUGUUGAUUUGUACGUUGAUAUGGUAUUCAACCGUAGAGUUGAAAAACAAUUUAAUGUAUUCAAAGAUGCAUUUUUAAAAGUGUGCGGUGGCCGAGUUUUGAGGUUAUUCCGUUCACAAGAAUUAAUGGCUGUUGUUGUGGGCCACCAAGACUAUGAUUGGAUUGAGUGGCAGGAUAAUGCUGAAUAUAAAAAUGGUUACACUAAAGAUGAUGAAACWAUAAAAAUGUUUUGGGAAGUAUUUCAUGAGUUUGACAUUAAUGAGAAAAAGAAGUUUUUGCUAUUUCUUACAGGAAGUGAUCGUGUACCUAUCAUGGGAAUGAAAGCUAUAAAAAUUUAUAUCCAACCUACCACAGAUGAUAACUUCCUACCUGUGGCACACACAUGUUUCAACCUUUUAGACUUACCGAGAUAUCAAUCCAAAGGAAAACUGAAGUAUAAAUUGACUCAAGCCAUUCACCAGACACAAGGAUUUUCUCUGGUCUAAACAUUUUAUACACAUUCCUCUACAAUAAAUACACUCAAAAUUAAAUGUAUAAUUAGCAAACUUUAUCAUAGGAAUUAAUGGCAGAGGAGCUCAGCAUUAUUAUUGUUGAAUAUCAGGGUUACAUUAUUCGCUCGUGUUUAUGUUAUGUUUUUGUUCCUUAAUGCCUAGAUUAAGAUUCAUGUUAUUUAUUCAAAUAAUUAAUAUUAUACAAGCUUGUGGCCGGUUAAUAAAUUGUUUAAGACUUACUUAUA